AUGGACGACUCGGCCGUUCAUACCUUGGCCCAGCUGUUCCCCGAUGCGACCCAAACCAAGCUCCGAAACGCGCUUGCUAGCGCUCAGGGCGACCCAAACCUAGCAUCGACGAUCUUGCUCAGCGAGAUGAGCAUGGGCAGACAAGGCGAAACAGUGGCCCAGCUGGCGAGCAUGUUCCCUGACAAGCCCCGGGCCGUGCUCCAGCGGGUGCUCGAGGACUCUGGGAGUCUGGACGCUGCUGUGGAGGUGUUACUGGGGGAUGCCUCUGGCGAUUCAUUUGGUGAUGCAUUUGGCGAUGCCUUGCCAAAGGCAUUGCCAAAUAAGAGAGAGGCCACUAACCAGGCCUCUGGAAAGGCCAGAGGCCUGGCCACCAGCCAGGAUAGUGGACCUGCCAUUGUGCAGAAGUAUGGCUACGUUUCCAAGCGUGUAGCUGAGGACUUGUGCGCCCAGUAUUCCGAUCCCAUUAGAGCGUUGAUCCAGUUGGUGUACACAGGUACUAGAGGUACUAGCACCUCUAAUACAGGUACCAGUACAGGUACAAGUACAGCUACUAAUACAAGUGAUGACCUCUCCGACCUGCUCCACUCGCCCCGGCUCAGCUCCAUCAGCCCUCGCUUCCUCGAGAAGGCCCUCGAGUACUUCCACGGCGACCACGAGCGCACCGCUGCCUUGCUCAUCCUCAUCGCAGAGCACAACUACGGCAAGCACACGGGGUACUACAGGGUGGAGCCGGGACCAGGACCAGGACCAGGACCAGGCACUUCAUCCAUCAGGCAAGGCACUUCAUCUGCCAGGUCCCAAAUCAAACCCAGGUUUAGUCCCAGCCCCAGCACCAGUACCAUCCCCAAAGCCAUCUCUAGCCCCAUAAAUGGGACUAGAGAUGGGACUAGAGAUGGGACUAGAGAUGGGCCUGAAGCUGGGGAUGAGCCUCAGACCCUCGACUUCCACGGCUGGCUCCCCGAAGACGCUGCCAACACCGCUGCCCAACGGCUCGCGCGCUGGUGGGCCACAGAACUCGCCCAAAGAGAGCUCAACAACACCAGGCUCAACCAGAUCGAAGCAGUGCACGUCUCUCCAGUGACCCUCGUCACCGGUAGAGGCCUCCACAGCACUGGAGGCGUCCCAAGAGUCCGCAUUCGCGUCCAAAGAAUGCUCGAUGAGCUUAAUUACGUGUAUAUAGAAGAGCCAUCGCGUUUUACAGUGACGGGAAGGAGAAGGAUUCGCCAGAGGUAG